AUGCCGUCGACACGAGCGCAGCGGCUUCUUCCUCUUCUAUGGACAGCGUUUGCAGCGCUGCUGCUGUGCCCGUGCUCUGCCUUCUCGCUCUUCACGCACGACACGGGUCCUCUCUUCACCACGUCGUUCCAAGUGCAUUCGCUCAACGCGCAGAACUACGACACCACAUUGAACGAUACCACUACCACUGUCUGGCUCGUGGACUAUUACGCGCCGUGGUGUCCCCACUGCCGCCAGUUUGCGCCCGAGUGGGAGAAAGUGGCGAGUGUGUAUGCUGAGACGAGCAAAGUCCAAGUGGGCGCCGUGGAUUGCACCAAGAACAGCGAACUUUGCAAUAAGGAGAACAUUCGUGGAUUCCCUGGCGUGAAGCUUCACCAUGUGCCAGCCAGUGCAGAGGAGGCCUAUAUGAUGCCAAGAGGUGCUGGUACUGCAAAGUCCGUGAUUCAGUGGGCAGAAAAGCUCAUGGAAGAGCAUGGUGUCGAGUCAGGAAUGGAUGUGGAAAACUUGGCAGCUCACUUGUCGAAUGUCCGAAAGAAUGGCGCUAUCGUAGUUGAUGGAGACAAACAAAGGAUGCAAUACAGUGAUCAGUCAUUGGAAAUGAAGUACGGGCGCUUGCAUGACGCAGGUAUUGGCGCGGUGUCUACGUUUGAGAAUGGCUUUUUCAUGGGAGCCAAUGUACUGGAAGGAGAGAGGUACGAGAUGGCGUUAAUGUGGAUUAAGGCACUCGCGGCGUCGUUCCCUGGCAAAGCGAAUCGACAGGUACUUGUAAUGCUCGUGCAUUCGAUGAUGACGAGCAAACGCUGGACGCAUGACGAGUGGACCGUGUUGCUAAGUGAGUGGCAGGAACUCACGAGUGACAAAACGUUUCCGGUGAAUUUAUUCGCGUCAAGUGAGCACAAGACGUGGGCGUUGUGCGAGACAUACACGUGCGGACUGUGGACACUGUUUCACAGCAUGACAGUGAGUAAAGUAGAGAUCACUGAGAAUUCUUCUGAGGAGCCAUGGAAGCCGAGUAAAAUUAUGGCAUCUAUCAGACUGUACGUUGACAACUUUUUCGGCUGCGAAGAGUGUCGAGAGCAUUUCAUGCGCUUGAACCCAGCGAGUGUAAUUGAAAAGCUCGGCGCUAUGGACACAAAAGGACCCGAUGCCGUGGUAAUGUGGAUAUGGAAGAUGCACAAUAUGGUGAAUGAGAACGUAAAGAAAGACCAGUGGCCGUCAAAGAAGAUGUGUCCAGUCUGCUACGUGGAAAAUGGCGAGUCCAUAUCUCUAGACCCAGCGCGACUUCAUGCUGAUGAAAUAGUGGCGUACGUUACAAGUGCGUACGGCCAUGAUGAUGAGGAAAUACGCGCCAUGGACGCUGCACAAAACGGCAAUAUAUUUGCGCUGCGGUCGUCGAUGGAUGUGUUCAGCUCGAUGAUGCUCGUAUUGGUGCUGUUUGCGCUACUGGGUGUAGCCUUUGCAACAAGAAAACAUCGCACUUCUUCUCACAGGACAAUAGUGGCGCGAAGCCACAUAGCGUAG